AUGGCUCCAAAGCCCCAAAAGAAAAAAAAACUCCAGCCAGCCAGGUCUGGGUUCACAGCUCCGAGGGUCACUGCUGGGGACACUGAGGGGUCCAUGCCGGACGAUGCCUUGCUGCUACCGGUACGGGAGGAAUACGAGCGCAUCUGUCAAAACCUGGAGCAUCUGAGAGGGAGGAGGGCCCAGCUGAGGGCACAACAUGAGUUCCUUCAACAAGAGGCACAAGAUCUCCAGAGUGAGAGCCGGGAGUUUGUGGGCUACCUAGCCAAGCGAGCCCAAAGGAGUCAGGGUGUUGUGGUCUCUCUGAGCGAGGAGAAUCAGGAGUUGCUGCGAAAAAUCCAGCAGCAGCACCAGGAAGUCAUGGCACGUUCCCAGGAGCAGCAGGCCACUCUGCGGGAACAGCUGCUCCAGAAGGAAGCGGAGCUGGCCCGCCUCAGCUCUGAGUUGGAGGGGCUGCGUGGGGUCCAGGCCCUGAAACAAGAGCAGGCCACCCACAUUCGGGAGCUGCAGCAGGAGCUGGCAGCUGCCCAGAAGCAACAUAUGCAGCACCUGGAGGCUGCCAAGGUGCAAGUCUUGAAAGAGAAGGCUGUCCGUGAACAGGAGGCAGGGCAGGAAGUGGAGGGCUUGGCUUGGCAGGUGCAGCGGCUGGCCUUGCAGUGCCUGCAGGAGCACAGCCAGACGGUUUGCAAGCAGAAUAAGGAGCUGAGGAAGGAGCUGCACCAGCUGGUCCAGCGAGUACAGAAACUGCAGGAGCACAAGCACCGGCUGCAGAGGCAAAUGCAGCAGCUGCGGCGGGAGCAUGGCUGUCUGCAGGACUUGGCCUUCUUGCAUAACCGGUUGAGUGGCGGCGGUUCUGGCCUGGCACUGCAGGAGGAGUGAAAUGCAGCUGGCAGAGAAACUGCAUUCACGUGA